CGACUUACGACACGGUAAAUGCCGAGGGCCAGAGGGGCGGGGAAGAAGGGCAAGAGGGAGCAGAGCAAGGCGACCGGCCCCGUGCAGCAGAUAGGCGAGGGGUAGCGAGAGCGGAUUUGGGUCGAGGACAGCGAAGCGAAGCGAGGGGAGGGCGAUUCGUUGUACGAAGCGGGGAGUGGGGAGGGAGGAGGGGGGUCCUAAAUCUGCCAGUGUAGUUUGUGCAGGAGUUUUGGAGUGAGGCGCGAGAAGGGGGGAGUGGGGACGGAGGAGGGGGGUCUAAAUCUGCCAGUGUAGUUUGUGCAGGAGUUUUGGAGUGAGGCGCGAGUUUCCCGUUCCUGGCGCAGAGUGGACGGGAAUUGCGGGACCUUUGCGCGAGAGGAAAAGUGGAGCCCGGGGCGACGACAGGGCAGGGGAGGGGGAAUGGGAGUGGGGCGCUGGUCUGGGAUUUACUGCCGCAUGCUUUUUCCUCGGAGGCUUUCGGUGCUGGUCCGGUUGUGUGCGGGCUCAGAAGCACAAAGAUUCUGAGGUGCGUUCCAUGAUGCAGCGCAGGCAUCCCGCCCUUCCGCUCCCGAUUCUCGGCUGCAGAUAGACUUAUUUGGCUAAAUUAGCACAUUUCUGCGCUCAUCCGGGGCCCACGGACCAAUACUAGGAGGGUUCUAGGCCGAGGGAAGGGGAUGGCAAACUAGCAGUCGGAAACAAGCGUCGGGUGAUGCCCGUGCUGCUGUCGGAGGAGAUGGAGCCCCUGGCCAAAGCCUGAGCCGGGAGCGAGCCUCCGAUUUGGUGGGCCAAUUGCGUUUGCGCUGCGUUGGUGUGUCUGACGACUUUACCUGGUGGCAGUCGAUUGGCUCUUGAGGCCGGACGACUUUGCAAGACUUUUGUUUCCUGUAGAUCGGUUGAAUUCUCGUUUGUUUCUCUUCGAGGACAGGUUCAAAUCAAUACCAGCUCCUCAAGAUGCCGAGCUAUUAGUCGCGCUCCGCAACACUUGAGCUCGUUUUAUCUGACGUUGCGGAGGUCUUCGAUAGAAAGGUUCCGAGGACCGAACCUAGAACUGGAUUCGACUGGACUUUCAUGGACCAGGUCGGAGCUGCAGCAGCACUCGGUGCCCGCGCAGAACAAUUCGGAAAGCCGUGCACUAUGAGAAUCCUCUUCAGGUGAGUAUCGGAGCACGGUUCAAAACCACGCAGUGUGGGUUUUACUUGGAAGGAAGUGUCGGAGGCGAAGCUGGAUCAUGUUGCUGAUUCUUUACCGGGAGCUUUCGCUUUCACAUGAGGCCUUUGGUUGGUAUGGACCUGCUUGACAUAAGGACGCAAAACCUUCAGAGUCGAACCUCGACGAAAUACUGCGCUGGAGGAUAUUCUACGACGAGCUGCGAAGACUAGAUACGAAGGCAUGAGAAGUUCACCAAGGUCCUGAGAGUCGGAAAAUUCCAGCCGCGAUACAUGAAGUAGGAUGUAAAUGGAAACUGAAGUUCGGGGAACUCUUCAUCGGGGCGUCGAACUCAGUGGUAGUCCAGGUGCAGCCUGAUGGUUUUGGAAUGGCCGACAAAGCGUACGCAAUGCGCCCGCAAACCAGGAAUUCUGGUCAAUCUAAGAUCGCCACUCCGGCUGAAAAGAUAGCAUACGAAGCAACGCAGGCUCUCGGGCGUGGUUUUGAUGUGACGACAGAUUUUCGGGUCGGUUCAUGUAAAGGAUCAUGUCUUGUGGAACUAGACGAAGAAAACCUUCAGGAUUUGAUUACUCCGACAGGUGUGGUGAUCCAAAAUGUAUCAAGGGAGAUCAAGUUGGACAAAGGAGAGCGGACUCGAUACAAAUCGGACGUCGUCUCAUUUCAACAAAUGUCAGAACGAUUUAAUCAAGGUGCCUCGAUUACGGGGAAAAUGCCGCUCGGUCUUUUCAAUAAUAUGUACAGCUUCAGUGGACCUUGGCAAGCUGAUGCCAAUGCAACGAAGGGCUUAGCGCUGGAUGGGUGGUUCAUCACUCUUUACAGUUUGCAGAUUACAAGGUCCUCUCCUGUGCUAAUUGAGGAUGUGAAGAAGGCAGUCCCUACUAUUUGGGAUCCGAAGGCCUUGGCCAGUUUUAUCGAAAAGUAUGGAACACAUAUUGUCGUUAGUGUAAAAGUUGGAGGCAAAGAUGUUAUUUAUGUACGACAACAUCAGACUUCACCUUUACAACCUCCAGAGGUUGCGAAAUUAAUGCAGAAGUUUGCCGAUCAGCGUUUCCAGAGCGUUUCAAAUGGAACAACCAGCUUUGAGACGAGAGAAAGAGCGGGCAAAGAGAAGGUAUCGGAUUCAUAUUCAGCUACCAGCGUUACACGACGGUCACCACUGGAGCCAACCUAUACUACUACGAGGGUGAAGUCCAAAGAAGACGUAGAAAUUAUCUGCAGACGAAGGGGAGGAAAUGACAUGGUGGAGAAUCACCAUGACUGGGUGGCAACAGUUCCGGAUUCCCCUGACAUCAUAGCCAUGACUUUUGUUCCAAUCAAUGCUCUUCUAAAUGGUGUAGCUGGAAGUGGAUUCUUGAGUCAUGCUGUCAACCUCUAUCUGCGAUAUAAGCCUCCGAUAGAGGAGCUCCAGUAUUUUUUGGAGUAUCAAAUCCCAAAGCAGUGGUCGCCUGUUUUUGACCUACCUCUCGGUCCUCCACGGAAGGAACCUGUAUGCCCUUCAUUGCAAUUCAGUUUGAUGGGUCCAAAACUGUAUGUUAGCACAAGUCAAGUGUCUGUCGGGAGACGGCCAGUGACAGGUCUGCGCUUGUUUCUCGAGGGGAAGAAGUGCAAUAGACUUGCUAUUCACCUCCAGCAUCUGUCAAGUCUUCCCAAAAUACUACAGCCGUACUGGGAUACUCAUGUUUCCAUUGGGGCACCUGUUUGGAAAGAGCCUGAAGAGCAGGAUAGCCGGUGGUUUGAACCCGUCCAGUGGAAGAACUUCUCACAUGUCAGUACUGCUCCUGUGGAAAAUAGUGACUCAUGGGUUGGUGAAGCGAGUGGUACCUUCGUCGUUACCGGGGCCCAAUUGCAAGUUUGGAACUUCGGAAUGAAGAACGUGCUGUUUCUGAGACUCUUGUAUUCGAAAGUUCCCGGGUGCUCUAUAAGGAGGUCCUUGUGGGAUCACACACCAGCUGCAGUGGCGAAAUCUGGUUUACUUAGAACAUUUGGGCUGAGCGGUCCGUUUCCUCCGACUGGACCGCCGGGAACCAAACAUGUACCUAUCAACCAAAACUCGGCAAUCUUUCCAGGCGCUCCAAAGAGACCUGCUCCAAAUCCUAAGCUGUUGAAGUACGUCGACAUGACAGAGAUGACAAAAGGGGCCCAGGAUAUGCCAGGACAUUGGCUCGUGACCGGUGCAAAGCUGGAUGUGGAGACGGGAAAAAUCUCUAUACGUGUUAAAUAUUCUCUACUGCACUACGAGGGUGGACCAUCAGGCUCGUUUAGUUCUUGACUCUGAGGUUGAUGCUAAUGGUAUUGCAGAGGAGUAGAUUUACUUUGCUGUGCGGCCCAUCUUGAGUGUCUUCGUAUUAGCUCCAUCAAUUGGGUCCUGAAUUUGCAUCGCUCAUUUGUGGUUUGGAGUUUUGUUGAGGAGCAUUUGAGUGAUCUCUCCUCGUCCUGUAGAGCUAAUUCAUUGUAUAUUGUUUGCACAACCUUUCAUGACGGGCAAAGGUUUGUCAAGAAGAAUGUCUAGGUGAGUACAUCUUUCUCUUAUCUACCACCUGUUGCUACUUAAAUCUGGACCAGUCUUGGCCACGAAAGUGCCAAAUGUAGAUUGUGACGUUAAGGUCAAUUUUGUACAUGUAUUUGCUAGUAAAGUGGUCAAGGUUGCCCUAGGGCUUGUCAAGGAGGAGAUCCAGCGACUUUCGAAAGCGGGCAAAUUUUAGGACUUGUAUUUACACGUUGCCCUUUUUAUUACCAAUCCACUGAAGUAUCCUCAAAAAAAUCUCAGGAAACCG